GACAGAUGUCGUGGACGCUUUGAAAUCUCUUGAAAUGGAGGUGAAUCAGAUUGGUGUCACUCCAAAAGCAAGCCCAACAACACCUACCAACAUGAGUUUCCCUUCCCCAAUCAGUGUAGGAAGUUCAUCAUUUGUUUCAGCCAGGAUUCUAAAUAAUCUUCCAGCAAGUUCUGCAAAAACAUCUUCAAGUGAAAAAGAAAUGGUGGAAAUUGCAAAGUCAACAACUGAUAAUGGGAAGAAAGUUACUGAGGAGGAUGAUAAGGUGAAGCAGAUUGAGAAGGUGGAUGCAGGAUUCAGUGAAAUAGGUAGAAAGAAUGAAGAGAAGACUCCUUUUGAAGCCCAGCAUGCAGAAUCUAGCAAGGAGAAGGAAGAAAAGGACUUGUGAAGAGGUGAUUGAGCGUGAGGAGGAUGUGUGCG